AGUGUGUACAGUUCUCUAUCGCACUCGCGUUUUUAUCUAUUCAGCCAAAAUACACAAACAACUCUCCGCUUUUUGGUUCUGUAUUUAAAACGUUACGUGCAUUCGUAUUCAUUUACAACAAAACUACUAUCUAUCUACUUACUUACUUCAUCUCUCGCUUUGCAUCUUUUGCCAUGAUACCUUGAUACGAUACGUUUUUUAAUGUCACCAUCUCCACUGUCAUCGUCACGUCACCGCAGAAUUCAACUAGUAUACUGCUAAUCGCUGAUGACUUUGAUUUAAAACAGAUCAACGAAAAUCACAUUAAAUUCAUUUUGAAUAAAAAAAACCAACAUUUAAUCAACUAAUCGAGCAUACAAUCAAGAAAAUACAAUUUGAAUAAAAAACAGUAAAGGGAAUAACACUUUGUUAAACUAAUGAAAUGCACAUCAAAUUUGGGCCUAAGUUUUAAAUUUGAUAAGAACAAAAAUGCUACAUUCCAUUUAAGCAAAAGAGAUAACGCAAUAAAUUAUUGAAUAAAAGUUUUUUUGCUCAACUUGCGCAGAAAAAUCAACGGCGCCGCACAGACAGAACGAUCGAGAAGCAAACCGAAAAAAACAAACAACAAUUUAUAGGCACACAGGCAAACGUAUAAAACCAAUACAAUUACUGUUCUCAUUACACGCUAUAAGCCAUUAUAUUUUUAAAACGUAUAGUUAAUAAAUUCUGUUAAAGCUACUGAAAACCGCAAAUAACUGUAGGAAAAAGUGUUUCAAAAUAAAUUGAUAGACUAAAAAAUUCAAUUGAAAUAAAUUUGGUGUAAAAGAGUUUAAUGUGCGUGAAGGAGCAAUGACUUUUUGUUUUAAUCCCGCUGGCUAUCGACCUCAUUGUGUAUUCGCAUUUUGUAUGAAUUGUUACAUAUAAUAUUUAAAAGCGAAAAAUAACCAUCAAAUUUUCGACUCCAAACAUUUGUAUGAUACAAAUCGGCACGCUUGAAUAUUUAAACGAAACCAUAAAAAAAGAGAAUAAACUAUUUUGCGUAAAAUAGCCUCAAUCAUACAACCGAAUUGUAGCGUCGCCACUGUUUUAUUAUUAGGUGAAAAUUGCACGAAAACGUUCACUGCAUAUGGUGCAGUUGGUGUUCACACAUAAUAAUUGCAUAAAAAUUGAGCAUCCAUUUCAUAAAAUCGUUGCGAGUAACAUUACCAGCAAGAGAACGACGGCAAAAAAAAUAAUUGCGAAACUCUAACAUUGACCAAAUUCAACAGCACAAUACAAACACAGAAACGGCCACGCGAAAAAGUUAACUUCCCGUAAAUAUAAGUGAAAACAUAAGCCGACUGGAGAGAGAAACAACGAAAUAGAAACCAAAAAGCAUUAAAAUUUUGUGAAAGCUCAUUCAAAUGUACAUAAAAUGUUCGCGGUGCGUUGCUCUAACAUAUAUGAACAAUAAACUGCAACUAAUAAUUCGUUGAUGAUUAAAUAAAUUUCUCAUUUGUCAACCGUUCAACGGGUAGUAAUGUGUUUGAAAGAGAUUUUAUUGGACACAAGACAUUGAGUGAUAAAAACCGCACCAUAAGUGAAACCGUUUAUGAAGCUGUAUCGAGCUUGGGAGAACACUUUUUUUGACCGCAUCAACAACAAGAAUAAUAGCAACAACAACAAAAACCAACGAACAACUUUGCAAACAAAAAAGAGAACAAGCAGAUCACAGAAUCGUGCUUUGCACAUAAAGCGCAUAAAGUGUCAACACGCUACACGAUUUACACACGGUUUUAUGGAAUAAUUAUGUACAUUACAAACAAUAACAGAAUCAAGCCGAAGAGAGACAGUCAUUUUUAUAAAGGCUGAAAAUAGACAUAGGCGCUCUGUCUGCUACUUUAUAUUUAUUCGCACAUUUAGUCUCGCAUACGGUACACACGCUUGCCCGUGCAUGUACGAUUUAAAUAAAUGAUGGAAAUGUGAAAAUUUCCCAAUUCAAAAAGCAACAGCGACAACAAAAAGCAGCAUUUCAACACGAAAUCGAUGCAAAAAACACUCUCUUUCACACACAAAUGAAUUAGAGUUGAAUAGACUCGACCAUCAACUCACUUUCUAUCGUUGAAACAGAGCACACAUCCACAACGAUAUUGUCAUUAAGACUAUUUUUCGCAUUCACUCAUUUGUACUACAUUUUUGGGGAGAACUAAGUGCGGCAAAUUAGUCGAAACUUUUUGAAUAUUUGAAUGAACGAAACGGCGCGCAUACAAACGCUUACGUACAUACACACAAUAAAGAAGCAAUCAUUUCACACGCAUUGUCACAUUGUUCGAAAACCUGGAAAUUAAGAGUGUUUCGGAGCACAUUCAAAUACGUAAAAAAACAGUAAAACGACGACAAUUUGACAAUGACACAAAUUACAGCCGAAUAAUCGCUAAAACGAAAUUCUCGUUUUUCGCUCCUUUGAUACAUGUUUCGAUGAUAAUUUAAUCUCAUGUGACAAGGGCAUUCAAGAAUUUUGUGCGCACCACUUGGCUAGACACCCAAGACUGAAAUAAGUAUUAAACGUUAAUUAUAUUUGUAUUGAAAGUGAAAUCAAUUUAGUGUAGAGAAAUUUCAUUGGGCUGGAUUAAAAACACUUCGGAAAAAUAAUAAUAAUAACAUUAACAAUAAUAAUAAUAAUAAUAAUAAUAAUUACAAAUAAUAACAAUAAUAAUAGUAUAUAUAGUAACCGUCAAUAAAAUAGAAGAACCUUAAAGCAUACGCAAGCUAUACACAGUGCAUUCGUUCGUAUUCGUGUUAAAAUUCGAGGGCAAUGAUAUUCAUUCAAUGUUGGUUUCGCAUCUAAUAAACUACCGAAAAUAAACUGUUGCUAUUGACUCGAAAAGUUAUUAAUAUUAUCACUAUUAUAAUAAAUAAUUUGGUUUGAGAACACAAUCGUGUGGUAAAUUAAGGCGACAACAAUUUUGGUGUCGAUAGAACGAGCAUUUGUUUCGGUUGAUAUUGCAGCCGAUGUAUGAAAGUGUAUUGUAUCAAAGGCUAACUUCAAAACGGAGUCCCGCAAAUUGCCACGAUCUCGGUGCACAUUGAACGGUGAAGCAGUCAAUAGUGUGCUGCACACAAUAACGGCCACAAACACUGAACAAUAUCAUCAAUAUAAUCAGCAAAUCAACACGAAAAUCUUAUCAAAGCAGCGACCUAGCCAAACACAUUAUCGCGUUAGGAAUGACGUCAUGAUAUCGCAAUUCGACUACCGCCUUUGGAUAUUCUUUAGUUGCUUUAUCGCAUUACAAUGUAUUUCAAACAAAUUAGUACCGAUCCAAAUUGUGCAUGGAUUUUCACCGGUGGAAAACGAUCGACUGGGCGACCAUUUGAAGCAACACCAACAUCAACAUCAGCAUCAACAUCAAGCGUUAGGUCGUGGCGGCCACGAUUUCAACAAAAAUAUUCAACAACAUGUGAAAGCGGCACCACCAUUCGGUGAAAGUCAUCAUGGCAAUGCCAAAGGAUUAUCUACAGUCGACAAUAUUGCCAUUUCGGAUGUAUCGUCCAACGAACAAAUGCUCUAUUUCAGCAAUGACAAUGUCAAAGGCAACGAUGACUUUGACAUCAGCGAUGAUGAUGAAUUCGAUAGUAGCAGCAGUGGCAGCAUUAUCAAUAUCAAGCGAGAUGAUAAUCAAAAUGAUGACAACACCAACAACAACAACAACAAUAAUAAUAAUCUUAACGAUGAAACAAAUAUACUUAGGAAUAGCAAUAAUAGUUUAACUAAAAACGAUGAUUUGUAUGUAAACGAUGAACCACCGAAAAUGCUGCCAUUACGACCAAUCAUACGCGGCCCGUACGGCGAAAAUGCUGACGACGAUGAUCACACAACCGAAACAACGAUUGUUUACACAGAACAACACACUGAGGUGAAAUUAAACUGCGAAGUUGAUUUAGAUAUAGCGGCUGUCGUAUGGAUGCACAAUGGCCAAUUGGUUCAUACCACAGAAAGGACUGCUCGGCCAACAGAUAAUCGAUUUUUGAAAGAAGCACGUGGAAGUUUAACGAUAACAAAUGCUAUGCUUGAAGACGACGGCAAAUGGCAAUGCGAAGCUGAAAAUGCAAAAGGUUACAUUGAAAAUGGUCGGCUAAUUCAAUUAGUGGUAUUAGAUCGUCCAAAACCACCGUAUCUACUCAUCGAUUCACGUCGUUUGGAUGCGGGAAAUAUUUUUGUACCUGUCAAAGAGAACUCAGAACUGACACUGGCUUGCAUCAGCGAAGGAGGUAAUCCAAAGCCAAUACUUAGCUGGGAGGUAUUGAUAAGCCCUGGUGUUGAUCGUCAUUCACAAAAAGUAUCAGCAGAAGUUUUGGAAUUGCAAAAAAUAAAAAAUGAGGCGGAUAAAGAGCCAUAUAAAAUAAAUAGUGGAGCUAAAAGUGAAGCAAAAUUACCAGCAGUAUAUCGAGCGCAUCACAAUGCGAGAAUUCUGUGUGUCAUGGAACAUCCAACAUUAAAAACUCGACUAAACUCGUCACUAUUGCUUGAUGUACAAUACACACCAUCGUUUGCAAUAUCACGUACGCCUGGUUUUGGUUAUCCUCUUCGUGAAGGUCUUGAAGUAUCAUUGAAAUGCGACGUCGAUUCAAAUCCGCCCAGUACGCCAAUUUGGCAAAAAGACGACGGAGAUCCACCGAUCCCACAAAAUGGGGAUGGGUUCUUGAAUUUUACGCAAAUACGUCGAGAGCAUUCCGGAUGGUAUAAAUGUACUUCCCGGCACUUGAAUUUCCAAUAUAGCAGCAUAGGAUAUUUCUUGAAUAUUCGAUAUGACAAUGUUGAUGUUACAUCUGAGCCCGUUGAACAAGAGGUUUCGGUUGGUUCACCGUUACAGCAUACAACCAAUAAAAAUCAUCAAUUAGAAGUGCAGUUAGGUGGUACAGUUACGCUUCAGUGUCCUCAAGGUUCGUUGGGUUGUUGGUCACAUUUGGAUCCAAUAAAUCAGCGCUUACGCGGUCUUGGUUCAUCCCAGCCAACUGGCAUCGUUUCGCUUAAGGAUGUCGUCUAUCAAGAUGCUGGCACGUAUAAAUGUGUUGGCCAAAGUCCUACCAAUAAAAAGAAACUAGAUGUACUACAUACAUUAUCGCUGAAUGUUAAAGGAGCACCCACUGUAAGCGUUCGAAAUCAAACACCUGCUGCUUAUCCGGGUUCGCCAUUACAUUUAUCGGUUGAAUUUUGUGCCAAUCCACCAGCGUAUGCAGCCAGAUGGCUGCACGGUGACCGUGUAUAUACACCCGGUAACCAGUAUGGCAUUGAUGUCCUUGCCUACGGAGUUAUCGAUCUACCAACUCCAUUUUGCAAAGAAGCCCGUCUCACUUAUGUGCAUAUGCACGAACGGGUACCGCGCACAUUUUAUUUUAUCGUUUCGUCGCCGAGCGGUUUGGCUGAAGCACAAUUCUAUAUAAACUUUACGCGUAAACGAAACGUUAUAUCAAAUUCAGUUGACGGCGGUGACGAAGAGUUACGCGAUCCGGAAGAAAUUCAUUUUCCCCCCUUUAGUUGCGGUCACAGUCACACGCCAAACAUUCUCCAGAGUAUUCAUUUUAAAUUAGCUAUAGUCACCUUCAUUAUUGUUAACAUUUUUUGUAGUAACAUAUUUUAAUAUUUACCAAACUAAAUGAUAAACUAUCAUUUCAACACUGAAACAAUAUAUAUAUAAUAUAUCUUAAAGUCUAUUGUCCCGCCAUCAAGUCCAUUCUAUUUUUUUCCUUCGGCCAACCAAAACAAGAAAUUAGUAAUAUAAUUGAGUAAACUGUUUAAAUCAAAUUAGCUAAAAUGAAGUACUAUAAACGAGCUAAAGCUAUAAUUUAAGAACUGUCGAUUCGUUGCAACAAUUUCCUCACACUCAAAUUUAUACGUACCCAAACAAAUCUUAUCCGAUUCAAUAAAAUUUAUGACGCCAACUGAUCGAUGUACGAUAAUGAUCUAUUCGACAAGAAUUGAAUCGACUAAAUCUGUGUGUCUCUUUGAAAUGGCAUCAUUUUUAUAAAACAUCUCCAUACCUAUUCUCUCUACAUGUGAGAAAAGUUUAUUAAAAAACAAUGAAUAGAAAUUAUAAACAAUGUAUUAUAAUUGAUAAGAACGUAAGGUGUUAAAUAAAAAUAAACAUUAAAAUGAGAAUGAAAUUACGAUAUUUUUAUAGGAAAAAUAAAUGAAUGAAAAUCUCAAAAGACUUAUUUAAAUAAAAACAAAAAGAAAUGAAAAAAAGAAACUUAAACUGCAUUGAUGAAAUCAAUGAAUUAAAAAUGAUCGGUUUUGACACAAAUGUAGCACGGAAUCAGUAUUGGUUCUGAUGAAUUGGUGUUAGCUGUGGAAGAUUUAGAAGCAAAUAAAAAUGGAACAAAAUUUUGCAAGAGA